AUGCAUGAAUAUGUGCAUGAUUAUUUUCAAUAUGGGAGACCUGAAUUAAUCAAUAAAAUAUCAAGAAAAGCUCUAGCUAUGAGGAAAAGUUUUAAGCCCAAGAGCAUUUAUAACAACGAAGACCAUUUAGUGUAUUUAUCGCCUCUGCAGAAAGCGCGUAGGAGUUUACGAGAAGCUUUAAGAAAAGCUGCUCAAAAUAUGUUCAUUCAAGAUUCACCGAGACAGAGUAAUGAAGAUUUGAAUUUUGAAUGGGAAGACCCACAAGAUGAACUGUGUGAUAGUGAAGAAAACAUUCAGUUAGAUUGGCUUCUUACAAAAUACUAUGACAAAUCUAAAGAACAGUUUCCAGUACCAGAUUUGAAAGGGGUUUCAGAAAAUAAGAAGAAAGUUAUUGAAAAUGAUAACAACUUUGGGAAUAAUAUUCAAGAAGAGAACUUGAUAACUUUUAAGGACACAAAUGAGCAAACCAAUGAAAACUUCUCAACCCCAUUUUUGAGUAUGCCUGAUCUAGAACCUGAACCAAAUGAGGAAAAAACUGGUAUAGAGUUACUGGCAGAGUUCAAUAUUGGUCAUGAUCCCGAUCAAAGUGUUAUAAGAGAUGUAAACCAAAAUAAAGAAAGAGAGCAAAUCUCAUUGAAUUGUGUUCUACCAUCAAUAAGCAAUGAUGAUGUUUCUAUAGAGAAAGACAAUGAGACCUUAAACCACUACAAUGGUGAAUGGGACCAAAUGUUUAAUGAUAUUAUGAUUAGUAAAGUAAAUAACCAAGAUAGUGGCUCAGAAUUAAAGGAAUUGUACUCUCAAAUUUCAAGAACUAUUGAUUUACUUAAUGAUUAA